AUGUUGCAAGACGUGAUUCACCAGACGUCGGAGCAACUCCCACUCGACGAUGUGUCGAGCCCGAUCAACGCUCAGCUCCUCGAGUUUUGUGACUCGGACUUCUUCCAGGAGACGAUGCAGAACUCGGAUGUUACAUCUAGCUCCAAUUGCUGCUACGACGAGAAUUCUCCCUACACAACAAACCUGUCACUGCCUCCUGAUUUGGAGAAGUACAACAACAACAACAACACUGGGCAGGACACCAACAAUUGCAACACAACCAAUAGCACUAACAACAACAACAACAACGGUCCAACGACUAGUAACACAACCACAAGCACCACCAGCGCCGCCACGGCUGCAAACACCACUGCCACCACCACCAACAGCAGCAACCUCUCCUCGAUACUGUUCGACUCGCAAGACGAGCUGGACAACGACAUCUCUGCCUCCAUCGACUUCACCUCUUCCCCUGUAGCCUUCUCUGUUCCUCCCUUCUCCCACAACAACUUCGACUUCACGUCCAUUCACCCACAUCACCUCACAUUGUCGGAUUGCCUAACCGAUCACCAUGCUCUCUCCCACUACUCAUCAUCGUCUCCCGUAGCAGCAGCAACAACCGAUCAUCAUCAUCAUCAGCAUCAUAAUCAUAACAACCAAAAUAUCCCUCAAUUCAUGAUCCCUUCGCUCUUCGAAGAAGAUUGCUUGUCCUCUGUCCCUUCCUACGUCCACCUCAACCCUGCCUCCCCUUCUUGCUCCUUCUUGGGGACCAACUUCACCACCUUCAUGCCUUCCGGGGCCAUGUCGGCUGUCGACAACUCGGGGAUUUUCACCGCCGGUGGGAUUUACAUGGGCAGCGAUCAGUUGUUGCAGAGUCAGGAGCUAGAUUACCAAGGGGACAAUGGUGGAAUCUACUGCCCAUCUGACUCUCUUCAGCGCGUUUUUAACCCCUCCGACCUUCAGGCGUUCAGCAAUGAGACAAAACAAUUGGUGGGUGGAGCACCAAGCUCGACGCCAUUGACGACAGAGUUGGCGAGUUUGGAGGAUUCGAGUUUCAAAGUAGGGAAGCUAUCCGUUGAGCAGAGAAAGGAGAAGAUACAUAGGUACAUGAAGAAAAGGAACGAGAGGAACUUCAGCAAGAAAAUCAAGUAUGCUUGCCGGAAGACGCUAGCAGACAGUAGGCCACGAGUCAGGGGAAGGUUCGCAAAGAAUGACGAUUUUGGAGAAACCAACAGAGCUGCCUGCAGCAACCACGAAGAAGAAGAGGAUGAUGAACAGGUAGCAGUGAAAGAAGAGGUGGAGAUGGUGGACCAAGCUGCUGAUAUAUUUUCACACAUCAGUGGAGUGAACUCCUUCAAUCGCAACUACAUCCAAUCAUCAUGGAUAUGA